AUAGUAAACUGUGGUCGAGUCCUUCUACCAGUGGCCCACACAUACGCCCCAUAGCUAACUUAGUCAGACAGCUUCCUUGAACUAGUUAGGCGGGAUUUGCUGCCUCUCUCCUCGACACUUUUCACUUACUGCUAGCAAGAUGGCGAAUUUUAUGGCUGCCUCGAUGUAUUUGAAGAUUGCCUUGGUAUGCCUGCUGGUGGGGCUGUUGUUGUAUAUAAUCGGCUUCUCCACCGUGUCUUGGAUGGUCACCGCUUACACCAGAUGGGAAGCCCGUGGUGUAUGGAGAGUCUACUCAUGCAGAGUGGCUGCCUUCUGCACAUAUCUGCCCUACGGUGCUUGGAAUUACUUUGGACGCAGUGAUCUAGACUACGUGCGAGCUACCCAGGCCUUGGAGUGUAUUGGUUUCAUCUUUGCCGUGGUGGCGUUCAUUGUGCUGGUGCUGUACCUCCUCGUGGACAGCUGUCGGCGCAGGAACGCCCUCAUUGCCUUCCUGGUCUGCGUGUUUGCUGCAGUGUUCUUCAUCAUUGUCGGUGUUGCCGUGUUCGCCACCAAGCAUGGCGACCUUUACCGUGUCGGCUGGUCCAUGGGCUUCGCCAUCGUUGGCACCAUCUUCAUGUUCGUCUCCGGCAUCAUGGGCAUCCUGCAAUUGACUUGCCGGUAGUUUGGUCACGUGAUAGACAUUCUAACCAAUCAGGGCUCGGGGACAUGCUGUGGCGGUCACAGGACGGGACUGAUGGUUUGCUCGCUCAUGUCAUUUGCUUUGACGGUGUACUCAGAAGCAAGGAGAGGAAAGUGCUCUUAUAACAUUUUUCCGUCAGUCACUAUUUUACUAUAUUUAUACUUUUUUCUGUUUUUCUAUUGAAUUUUAUCUUUGUAGGCAACUUUUAAUAUGCGUUUUUUAUCCAAAGAUAUGAAGUGAACAUUCUAUAUUUUGCCAACUGAAAAAAAAACAUUGUGGAGGUGAACGCGGGUACAAUUUGAACCAUGUUAUUCCUCAAAGCAUAUGUGACCGUGAAGCAAAACUCACUGAUUCAUGUGUUUGAGUUUCAGGUCAUUUGUUCACUGGUCUCGCCCCAUGGUAAAAGUGACCUUUGGUAUGGAUAAAUGUUAUUCAUUCAACGACAAAUACUGAAGGCCUCGGGUUUGGGAUUGUCUAAAGGAGGGCCCAGAACACGUUAGGUCCGAGAGUAAUGCUAGAAAUGGAUUGCGGUAUAAUAAAA